GUGUGACUGUCAUUCUGAGCUGGUUAAGUGGUGUUGCGUGCCUGCUGCUGCCAGGUGUUCUUUGCUGGUUGCUGCUGCUGAUUUAGGCACUGACUCAACACACCAAUGACUAUGUCAAAAGACACCGGAGACUUACUGGAAAGGUCAUCUAUGUCAGACCUGAAUGUGGCCCUGGAUGAAUGUUCAGCUGCUGUGGAUUUAUUUCUAAGCAACAAGUUCCCUGAUGCCCUUGCUUCUCUUCAAGCCAAAACUACGCACAGUAUGUAUCAUGCUCUGACGUAUGCCACCAUGCUGGAAAUGCAAGCUAUGAUGACCUUUGACCCUCAAGACAUAGUGAAUGCAGGAAACACAAUGAAAGAAGCUCAAGCCACCUGUCAAAAGUUUCGGAAGAAAUCCACUGUAGCGGAUUCCUUUAACAACCUUGUACAUAGACAGAAUCUCGAACACUUUACCGAAGAGGAAAUCCACGCAGAAAUUUGUUAUGCUGAAUGUUUACUUCAGAGAGCUGCCCUGACAUUCCUGCAGGAUGAGAACAUGGUUAGUUUUAUCAAAGGAGGCAUCAGAGUCAGAAACAGCUAUCAGACUUACCGGGAACUAGACAAUCUCAUACAGUCUCCAAACUAUGUGAAAGGAAAACACCAUCUCCAUUUUGAGGGAGGUGUGAAACUUGGAGUUGGAGCCUUUAACUUGACAUUAUCCAUGUUUCCUGCAAGGAUUCUGCGACUACUGGAAUUUGUUGGGUUUUCUGGAAACAAGGAACAUGGGCUGUUGCAGCUUCAAGAAGGAGCAUCCAUGUACAGCUUUAGGUCGGUGAUGUGUACAAUGUUGCUGCUGUGCUAUCAUACUUUCAUGACCUUUGUGUUGGGGACAGGGAAAGGAAACAUUGAAGAGGCAGAAAGACUGCUCAAGCCUUACCUGGCUCGUUACCCAAAAGGAGCCAUCUUCCUAUUUUUUGCAGGCAGGAUAGAAACACUAAAAGGAAAUAUUGAUACGGCAGUUAGUAGGUAUGAGGAAUGCUGUGAAGCUCAGCAGCACUGGAAGCAAUUCCAUCACAUGUGUUACUGGGAACUAAUGUGGUGCUUCACUUAUAAACGCCAGUGGAAGAUGGCAUACUUCUAUGCUGAUCUGCUCAGCAAAGAGAAUACUUGGUCAAAGGCUACAUAUGUUUACAUGAAAGCUGCCUAUCUCAGCAUGUUUGGACCAGAUGACUACAAGCCUUUUGGGGAGGAUGAAGUUGAACUGUUUAGAAGUGUGCCUGGUUUGAAACUGAAAAUCGCAGGGAAGUCGCUGCCUACGGAGAAGUUUGCCAUUCGGAAAUCUCGACGCUACCUUCCCUCAAAUGCCGUCCCUUUGCCUGUGCCAGCUCUGGAAAUGAUGUAUAUCUGGAAUGGUUAUGCUGUAAUUGGAAAAUGUCCUGACCUAACAGAAGGCAUGUUGGAGACUUUAACCAAGGCAGAAGCAUCAUUAGCAGGCCAACCAGCUACAGAAUUACUACCAGAUGACCAGUGUUUAAUAAAGCUGUUGAAGGGUUUAUGUCUCAAGCACUUGGGCAAGAUUUCAGAGGCUGAAGAUCAUUUUACCUACAUCCAUAUGAAUGAAAAGAAGAUAAAAUACGACCACUAUCUAAUUCCAAAUGCCCUGCUUGAGCUUGCUGUGCUGUACCUAGACAAUGGCAGGAAAGAAGAAGGAGUAAAGUUACUGGAAAAAGCCAAACAAAAUUACAAGAAUUAUUCCAUGGAAACGAGGACACAUUUCAGAAUUCAAGCUGCCUUGCACCAAGCCAAAUCAGUCCCAGAAAAUGGAAUGCAUUCCGGAGCCUCGGCAGUGUUGUAACAUUUCCUUCUUCGAUGGAGUUUGCCUACAGACUUUGAAACAAAAAAUUACCAAGACGUCAGGGUGAAUUUUUUUUCCCUGUUUCAAUCUCAAGCCUGUGUUGAGAGAGCGGGACAUUUGAAACUUUAAAUUGAAUCUGGUACUGUACAUCACAGUGGGGAAAAAAUCCAAAUUGAAUGCUAACUUCUAGCAAAGAUGUCUUUUCCCUGCGUGGCUUUUAGCAUCCAUGUCUGUGUAAUUCAUCAUUCAUUUGUGUAUCUGAUUUUUAACCGUUUACAGAUUUGCUUAGUAUGCUGGAAUAUGAAACGAGACAAUGAAACGAGCCUUUUUAGGUUCGUUGGCUUUUGAUCUUUUAUUAAUGUCUGUCUGAAUUCACACUGCUGCUGUCGUAAGAAAGGAAAUGCCAGUCUCUGAGCCGGUUAGUUGGAAUAGUGUGAGGAAAUCCAAGGCCAGUUUUUUCAGAUUAGUUUAAGGAGCACAACAGUGAGGAGGUUUUGAAUUUCAGGCAUGUCCAGUUCUUCGUGCAAAGCCCUUUACCAGCUUUUCUCUGCAAUAAUUUUCUAGCUGCCAAAACAAACUUGCUAGUAAAACCCAUUAAGAAACUUCUCUCUUAAGCAAGUCAUUUUUUUUAAAUCUGUCUGUCUGCUACCCUUUUUGGAGACUGGAUAAUUUACGGCAUAUCAAGAGUUUUAGGGAAAAGCAAAUGAAGAUGACAGUGGAAAAGAUCAUUUCUCCUCCUUCAGCGACAUUUAAAAUGACAAGAGGGCUUUAAGAAACAAACCUGUAUCCUUUACAGAUGGACCAUGUUUUGUUAAAUCUGAGUCCUUGAAGGUCACUUAAGAAACUCAGUAUUUGUUCUACUGUUUGUUCAGCAGCACAGAACGCAUUUGCUGAUAAACUCGUUCCCAGAAUCCUGGUUCUUGGGCUCUCAGAACUGACGUUUCCAAGGCUAAAGGGAUUACACAGUAGUUUUUCUGCUCUAGGAAGCUUGGGCUGGAGCAAAACUUCUCUGUAAUUCUUCCUCGGUUACAAAAGGGAGCAGCAGUGCUUCAGUCUUAAUGUCCCCCUCCCUGUCCCCCCAUCACUCCCCACCCCCCUCCCAUGUCUGCAUCUCCAUAGACGACUUGGCCGUGACUCUUGAAGGCAGGGCAAGGGACUAGCCCCUCAGCCAGGCCUUGUCUGCUGUAGAAUUGUUGGUUUUCUGCACAAAAGGCAAGGUUAGAGUUAACCUGGUUUGAGGUGAACCCUGCCUUCUCCCAGGGGUUUUGUGUUGGGAGGGAAAGACAUGUUUUUGCAGGUGAGCUGCCUACCACCAGGAUUGCCAGGGAUGAGAGGAGGGCCUCUAAGCUCCACAGCCCCUCUCUCUGAAGGUAGGCUCUUCAGGAAGGCUUAUGUCCCCGAACAUCACCAAGGGGAAUAUUCCCUCCUCUUUGGUCCAGGGAUGGGGGGAGGUUCCCCAUAAGAGAAAGGGAGUCUUGACAGAUUCUCUUCCUCUUCCAGAGAUGUGAAAUACUUUCCUAAAGCAAAUUAAUAUUGUAGGGGCAGAACCACCUCUUUCCCCAACCCUGAUUGCUUGACAACUUUCAGGUUGGACGCCUACAGCAAACGCAGCCUUUGUAAAAACCUCCCCCAUUUAGAAGCACAGGUGCAGAAUGCGCUUCCUCAAAAAGCCGCGUUACCAGCUCUACAUGAUCACAACAGUCCACCUGGGGCAGUCAGUUACUGUUUACAUAUUAUGCAUCAAAAGUGAAAUGGAAAAAGCAGAGACUUUGCUGUUUCUUAUAUUUGUAUAUAAUAAACAGAGUUUUGUUCCACUUCA